UUUCUUGAUAAGCCGACAUGGUAAUAUUUAUUUAUAGUAAUUUAGUGUGCUCACUGUUCACCGUGAUAUGACAAAUUAUCAACAAAAAUGUACAUAAAGUUUUUCUAGAAGUGAAAUAUGUGGGAUUUUUUAUUGACUUCAAUUUUGUUUACUUCUACUCUUUUCACAUUACCAUUUUUAGGUUUUGUUUGCAUAGUUUUGAAAAUAUGCCGUUCGAUAUGGCUGAGCUGCAUUUCGACAUUACAUCCGGAUUUAGAAUUUGUGAAGUACGUUACAAUACGUACAUUACUGGACACUCACAGAAACCAAGGAAUCAUAUCAGUUCUACUAUCAGUUAAAGGACAGGCACAACCUGAAGCAGUAAGGCGACAUUUACAGGAAGUAGUUCGCAGAAGAGACAAAGCUGGUAAUUUGGUAUUUCUAAGAUUACGCCACUUAUUGGUAACUAGAUUUGGAACUUACGCUUGGCAACGUGGAAAAUUCGAUUUGGAUCAAAAUUUGACAGUAGUUCCGUUCACUUUCAAAGGCAGAGCCGUAACAGAAUAUAAUAUACAGGAAUAUGUCAGCGAUAUCGUUUCAAAAUAUUUACCAGCCAACACCCCUCCUUGGCAAGUGGUAAUUAUACCUUCUGCAGAGGACCGUCACUACAUUCUUUUGAAAUUGCACCACUUACUGUUAUCGGAAGGGAUUAAUAUAGGAGAUCUGCUUCCCUUGAUUCCACCAACUAGACAGGCUUUGGGAUCACACUCUUCAAAGAGCCCCCUCGUUGAUGUCAUCCGAAAGCCUCAAGUGAUACCGAUCCUGAAAGAACGUCUAACUGAUGAGUUGACCAACAGAUGGAAUGACUUCGUAGCAAACAGCGAUCCAUUAGAAUGCCCAGAACUGUUAAAGAACACCCCCACGUUUUCUCAAUUUGUUUCCAUCGCCAUCAUAACAAUCGUUUCAUUGAUAAAAGAGUGCAAGAAAGGGUUUCGGGUUAUAAAAACAGAUGCGAUUUCAAGAAGCAAAUUUGUUCUCUUUUCUGCUGUUAGAGAAGCGGACAAGAGACAAGUGAAUGUCAGUACUCUCGUUUUGUCUAUAAUGAAGUCUCUGAAUCCCAGAAAUGUAGCAGGGAGCAUCUUGAGAAGAAUUUGGUUCAUGGGUUUUGUGCUCCCACUACGAACACCAAUUGUUAUCUAUGCCGAAUUGAAAGCAUUGUUCACUUGCUUCACCUUGAAAUAUUGCCCUUAUCCACACACUUUUGUGGGAAUAAUGUAUCUUUACGUACCACUGUUGUAUAACUCCCUAAAAGAGAUCCUUUAUAUUUUCUCUAUAUUUUUCUCUGCACCCAGAACCAUUAUAAAGGAUAUUCUCCUUCAGGAUGAAUCCCUUCAAACAAUAACUCUUUGUGGUAGAAAAUCUGUUGCAUGGUCGGAACCUGUCCCGAUCGAAAAUGUAAAAACAAUUGCGAGGCAAACAGGGGUAUCUGAAACAGAGAUCAUGCUUUCUGCAGUAUCAAUGGGUCUCUCUAGGUAUUUCACUCAGAUCAGUCAAGAAAUUCCGAAAAGUUUGCCUAUCACCAUGAGGAAUAUUUCUUCGAAUUAUAUUUUCGCUACCGGACUCAAUAUUAAGCCCGAGGAUGCUGUUAGUGGAGUUGUAUGCCUCAAUCUGACUAUUCCAGAUUCAGUAACAGAAACAUCGCACAUUGAAAAUUUAAUGGGAAUCGAAUCGAAAUUCAGUGCUUCUUUGGAGAAGCAAGGAUUAUCACAUCUGUUGACUAUGUUGCAAACUAAAUCUGGUCUUUUAACACAGUUUUUGCCAGCUACUGUUCUCAGUAUUUACUUGAAAUAUCUAUCGAGGAAGUAUGCAGUUACUGUUACAGAAAUAACAAGUCGGUACCCGAAUGUGACGCAGAGAACAUUGUGGGGCCAGGAAGUUAGCAGCGUUAUUUAUUGGAGGCCACCACAGGCGAAUACCA